AUGGUGUUACAGCGUGGCGGCGAAGGAUUGCGUAAACCAACAAGAGCCUACAGAUGUGAAUUGCGUAUUAACCUAACCUCGUGCUCCACAGGUCAAGACCAGGUGUUGACGGCGGAGGAGACGCAGGUCAACGAGAUCUUGACGGCGGCCAAGAUGGCCGAGAUGAACGCCGGCUUCGAAACUCUCGAUUUCCCGCCAUCCAAGAAUUUUAUGUCGGUCAAGGCGGAGAUCGAAGCCUCGGCCGUCUUCCAUAUCAUCAGGCAGAUGCCAAAAGGAGCGGGUCUACACCUCCACGACACGGCGCUGGCUUCGGCUAGCUGGGUGGUGCAGGAGAUCACCUACUGGCCAAACCUCUACAUGUGCUACGUCCCGGACGAUCAACUCCUCAUGAAGUUCUUCGCGGAGCCGGACCAGUCGUGUGAGUGGCAGCUGGUGAGUGACGUGAGGGCCUCGUACCCCACACCUGAUGACUUCGACCAGCAGCUUCUGGCGCGGCUCUCCAUCCUCACCGACAAUCCCGAUGAAAAAUAUCCGGAUCUUAACAGCGUGUGGUCGGCCUUUGAGAAGGUGUUUAUAGCCAUUACCGAUAUGGUUAUGUACCGGCCGGCUUGGGAGGCCUAUCUGUACCAGGCGCUGCAGGAGUUCGCAGACGACAACGUCUUGUACAUCGAAUUCAGAGGCACGCUGCCCAUGCUGUACGAGCUUGAUGGGACUCAGCUGACUCCGACGGAGACAAUGACGGUGUAUCGCGACACCGCCAAGCGCUUCUUGGCCGACCACCCCGACCAGUACUUCGGGACUCGCUACAUCUACGCACCACCACGACAUGUCGACAACGCCACCAUGGAGGGCUACAUCUCCCUGGUGAAGGAGCUGAGAACGGAAUUCCCUGAGUUCGUGGCAGGGUUCGACUUGGUCGGUCAAGAGGACAAGGGUCUUCCUCUCAGAGCCUUCUUGGACUUACUUCUCACACUCUCCGACGCUCACGUGCCGGUGUUUUACCACUCGGGAGAGACAGCGUGGAUCGGUAUGAGCACGGACGAGAACAUCAUCGACGCCCUCCUGCUCAACGCCACCAGGAUCGGCCACGGUUACGCAAUCACCAAGCACCCCGAGGCCAGGGAACUCGCUCUGGAGAAGGACGUUCCUCUUGAAAUCUGCCCUAUUUCCAACCAGGUGCUGAAGCUUGUGUCCGAUCUCAGAAACCAUCCGAUGGCUGCGCUGGUGGCAGAUGGCUUCCCUGUGGUGGUGUCCGCUGACGACCCAGGCACCUGGGGCGCUAUCGGCCUCUCCUACGACUUCUACGAGGCAUUCAUGGGGCUAGGAGGGGCCAAGGCCGACCUCAGGUUCCUCAAACAACUGGCCAUUAACUCUAUCAAUUACAGCAGCCUGGAAGAAGACGCAAAACAGGAACUGAUGUUGAUGUGGGUGAAGAAGUGGGACGAGUUCAUCACCGCCAGCGCCAGACUCUACAGCCGCACCUCCAAGAAAUUCUUUGCUUGCACGACUAUGUAUAAUAAUGAGGUCUAGCGACAGACUACGAAGACUAAUACAAAAAUUAAAACACUUAUAAUUCAACUACUGUAUUACUAUUAAUAGUCUGUGCAUACGAAGUGCUUUUGAUAGCCACAUAUCAGACUGCAGCAUCAGAAUAUUUAUGUGGAAAAUCGUUUUACCACCUGGUGAAGGUGAACACGCCAGCAACCUGGUGCUACCUUGGAUCAGCCAAAUGAUCCAAGGCAGCACCAGGCCUCAAGGGUAACCAUCUUCAAAAUGUGUCAACCAUGUUAUUAAGGCGUGUCUUCCACCGAAUAAUUACAGGGAUAUAUAAUUUCCGGUCAUUUGUCCAAAGUCCAUAUCACAGUGCAACCCCAGUUUUCCGGAUUAUUUAUCACCUAUGGGUAUACAGAAAACUAAAAACAUACUGGAUAAUGGAAGACAUUUGUUUUAUUUUUGGUACAGCAUGUAUUUUAACAGACACAUCUGCUAAAAUGCCUUCAAUCGUUUUUUAAUGGAAAUGCACCAAUAUAUAUAGUGCACCACCACCAAUUAACUCAUGCAGAGACCUCCCAAAUAAUUGGAUGAGCACCAUUUACUGGACAUGGGUAACUGGAUAAUUGCCGAAAUCAUAAGCAGACUAAAAUCGUGGGCUGGUAUGGAUUGACGUAACAGGUCAAUUCAUAACAGGCCACAUCAUAGACCUACAGGGAAAAUUACCAGAGCCUGAAAGUAACUAACCAAGCAGGACAAACAGACACUUGAGGAUGCUUGCCAAAAGAACACUGAACACAGUCUACAACAAUUCAGUUAUGAUGGGUGUCCAUGACUUGCUGUAUAAGCAAGCAUAUGGGUAUCCUAAUGAACCCUUCACACUACUAAUUAGGAUGCCCCCAGCUGAGGGUCUAUGCAGAGGAGUCAAUGACUCUUGCACUGCCCAAAGCAAGGCUCCCUACUCCAGUGAUCAGGUCUAUCAGGGGCGAACUCCUGAACACAGGAGAGAAACAAUUCUGUCAGUGCAGGGGCAAUGCUAGAUGAGUACCCAGGAAAGGGUCACCAAGUACACAUGUAGCUCAAAGUGUGAAAAAUUGCCAGGUCCACACAAAACUGCCAAGAAAUAAAAACAAGCAAAUGAAGCAAAUACUAAAUGAAUAAUAAAACGAGUAAUUGGCUCCCACAAGACAAAGUCCAAAAGAUGGCCAGCAUUUAGCCGAUAAGUGGUGGGAUCCACCGCAACAGUUGGCAACCCGAGAAGCACAAUACUGGAGUCAACCACAUCAGUGACAGGACUGCCCUUGGAGCUUACUGUGGACCAAGGCCUCUGGGGCUUCUAGUUGCAGCCAUCGGCACUAAUGGGUUCAAACUAAUUUCAAGUGAACUAGUUGUUUGGAAUGAAUCAUUUGCAGAGUCGCUUGGCCAUUUUGAUGCUUUGCUUUGAUGAACCUCGCAACUGUCUGUAAAGCUUCGCUUUCUGGAUGCUUUCCCAACGAGGGGUCUUCCAUCUGGUUGACCAGUCCUGCAACGAAGAGGCCUGGUCAACGACCGGGCCGCGGGGACGUUAAGCCCCGAAAACACUUCAAGGUAACCUCAAGAGGUGACAAUAAUCGUCCCAUUUCCUGCAUCACUGUAAGGGGGUCCAGGUUCUGGUUCGGGUUUCUGGUAGGCCAAUCAGGAUUCUUGCAACUGACGUGAUCCAGUAGUGGAAAGCCAUUAAGGGGCUUCUCCUAGAAAUUAAUAUCGUGGGAGUGUAGUAUGAGUGGUACGUAGUACAUGCCCACCUAUGCACAUACAGUACUUAUACACACACACACACACAAUACAUUUGUAAUGCUACAUUGUGCAUUUAAUAAACUGUGUAUUUAUUCUUCAGAAUAGAAUAUAUAUACUGUAUUUUGAAUAAAAAUCACCCUCAG